GAAAGUUGCUUGUCUCCCUUGUGAACAAGGGCAUGUCCUUUUUCCUCUCCUCCAUGGAAUGGAGCACAGGAAAUGAACACAAGUAACGUAUGUAAUAUUUACUAUUAUUCAAAAUAGUAGUGCACUGUUAGCAUCAUGUAGAAAAGGAAAUGUGUAGUUCUAAAUUAAAUAAUCUAAUUGUGUUUCAGGCAAUGGUAUACGCACGGGCUGUUUGGGUGGAGAAUGGGAAGCAGAUGGAAGGAGUUUUGCCAUUGAACUGGAUUGACACAGAGACCAAAGUGGUCCGAUGGCCUCUAAAAAAACGUUUCUGUGGCACAUAAGCGCCUUUUACAACCACAAGAGGACUGGUUAAGCUUUGAAUUUGUUAAAGUCAAAGUCACAUCAGUAAGCCGACAGGAGUGUGAAAAAUAUAAUUACACCUCAGCUCAAACCGAAGAGGAGGACACAGUCAGUCAAAAGAGAAUGAAGAAAAGAAGGAAAUUUGAAGAUUAUGUUCAAGGGUCAGAUUUGUCUCCUGAGGAGGAUGAGUCCUUGCCAGACAAGAAAAAGGAGGAUACAGUGUUGCUUCCGGUUCCUCCGCCAAAGGGACAAAAUGCAAUGCUGCUCGAGUUACCUGCACCCCCAGAACUGGCUAACACCACCAUUAGACAACCAGAGAGUCCUGCAUCUUCAGACAUUUCUGGAUGUUCUUGUCCAACGCAUCACCGUUCACCCACAAGGUCUGAAUCCUUAGAAGCAUUUAGUCCAGAGUCAGCCAGGUCUAGGCUUUCACGCACACCUCAGCGUGGAGUUCGAAAGCCAUCACAGUCCGGGAGCAGAAAAAGUCGGGCGUCCUCAUCCAGAUCUAUGGGUUCUUGCACACCUCAGCGUGGAGUUCGAAAGCCAUCACAGUCCGGGAGCAGAAAGAGUCGGGCGUCCUCAUCCAGAUCUAGGCGUUCUCGCACACCUCAGCGUGGAGUUCAAAAGCCAUCACAGUCCGGGAGCAGAAAGAGUCGGGCGUCCUCAUCCAGAUCUAUGGGUUCUCGCACACCUCAGCGUGGAGUUCGAAAGCCAUCACAGUCCGGGAGCAGAAAGAGUCGGGCGUCCUCAUCCAGAUCUAGGCGUUCUCGCACACCUCAGCGUGGAGUUCAAAUGCCAUCACAGUCCGAGAGAGGCUUAUUCCCCAUGUCUCAAGCUAAAUACCAGAAGUCAGUGCUUGGAAAGCUAGUUGAACUUCUUGAUGAGAUAAAAAGAGUCGGAAGGCACUAUGAGCCGCUGAAUUCUGCUGUCCAUGUUGCUAGGCUAGAAACCUUUGAAGAUUUUGCUGAAGAAGAGGCACGUCUCAAGGAACGCAACCUCUGGGAACAAAGGGUGUCCCAGCUCUCAAAGGUGGGAGGGAGGAAUAACAAAGACUGCGUCCAUAAAGUAAUGGACAGGCUUUUCACCAACAGCCUAAUGGCUACUUUCAACAUGAAGGGGCGGGGUCGCAGUGAGAAAAAAGCCUUCCAGGAUACCGUUCUUUACUCUGUGGUAAAAGCCGCAGUAAUGAAGUGGAGUAAAACAGCCACAGAAGUGGAAAUCAGGGCUGCCAUGGCUGAGACACUUAAACAUGCUCCAGGGAGAGCUGGAGGUGGAGGUCGCAAAGUGUAACCAUUUAGUGUACAUUUCUUUCUUAGAGUUGUGUUUUGUUGACUCUUGGAAAGUGAACUGUGUUGUGUUGGUUACUGGACCAACCUAUGUUUAUUGCACUGACUCUAAUGUGAAAUCUGUUGGUUACUGGACCAACCUAUGUUUAUUGCACUGACUCUAAUGUGAAAUCUGUGUUGGUUAUUUGACUGUUUGCACUAUUUAAAAUGUGCUGUUUUAAUAAAGUUAUUAUAAGCUAACCCUUUAAA